UCGUUCGUGUUCUGCCACCAACUUGCGCGCAUCGCCCUCGUGCGGCAAAGUUUGACCACAGAGAAAGGGAGUCUUCAAUACCACCCGGUUAAGGCCUGCGUGAACUGUCGUCAGUUUUCAAACUGAGGCGCAACAUCGCGGGAACGCUUGCGAAAAGACCAGGCCGGGGUUUGAGUAGUCAAUGACAGAACGUUCUUCAUUACAAGUUAAUUUACUCAAUCUAAAGACCCAGCCCAAAAUUAAGUAGUUGAACAUAUUUUUCAUAUCAAAGGAGUGCAUUUGAUUUGAGACCCUGCACAUGCGCAGUUCAGCACGAGACGAUGGAUAAUGUUGUGUUUCUGAUCAUGAGUUUUAAGCUAGCCAUGACAUCGCCUACAGGUGUGAUCGGGGAUUUCUAUUGGAGACAGAAAUUGCUUCAAUAUAAAUACUGUUAUUUCUUUGAUAUUGUCAUUUAUCCACGGUCAUUGCCAUACGUCCCAAUGGUAAGGACGUCCCAAGGAUUCCGAAUAGCACUAGCAAUUUAUUCACCAUCUUAGUGAAGUUUUAACAUUUCGACAAAGGUGAAAGAGAUUGACCCGGAACAACAUAGCCAAGUAGCCGGAAAGAGGUUUACAGAAAUAGUAGUUUGCAAAAAGAGGGAUGUAUCAAGCUAGAUUGGACCUGACUAGGUAACGUUGUAAAAGUAUUAAUCUACGUUUAGGUAAGAAUUAUAUCUAUGCAAGGUCUUUGUGGGUGUAAUGCUUAGCAUUACCUAACAUUUUAAUUUACAUUCUUCGGAAAUAAGCAGGUUCCCUCAGUCCAGCUAGCUAACGUAAUGCAGCUAGCCAGUAAAGCUAACGUUUUUGUUUUCAGCUUAUAAACUAACGAGUUGACAUUUGCUAAAUUAAAUUUUCUGACUAAGUGUUCUCUUGUAAGAGUUUUUGUUUUGUAGAAUGACAGGCCAAGAAUAAGUUUUUCCUGUCCGCAUUGGCUAGCUAGCUUGUGAGCUAGCAUAAUACCUCUCACCGAUACGGGUUCUACGGGAAAUGGUCGACGUUCUCAUGUGCCCAUGGAGAAGGCGGUCUUUGAGGGGUGGCUGGAGUCAGUCUCCGCCUCUUUCCUCUCGCUUAGUGACCAGCAGCGCAACCAGUCCCUGGACCAGCUCAUCUCGCUGAGUAAUGCUGUCCAGCUCCGGCACCUGUCCAAUGGGCUGGAGGCGUUGCUUAAGAGGGACUUCCUGCGCCUGUUGCCCCUGGAGCUCACUUUCUACCUGUUGCGGUGGCUGGACCCGCAGACCCUGCUUACCUGCUGCCUGGUGUGCAAGCAGUGGAACAAGGUGAUCAGCGCGUGCACGGAGGUGUGGCAGGGCGUGUGUCGGGACCUGGGCUGGCGCAUCGACGACUCCAUCCAGGAUGCGUCCCACUGGAAGGGUGUCUACCUCAAGGCCAAGCUGCGCAUGAUGCAGCUGAAGAACCAGGAGGCAUUUGAGACGUCGUCGCUCAUCGGGCACAGUGCCCGUGUCUACGCCCUCUACUACAAGGACGGCCUUCUCUGCACAGGCUCUGAUGACCUUUCUGCCAAACUGUGGGACGUACGCACCGGGCAGUGCAUCUACGGCAUUCAGACGCACACCUGCGCCACGGUGAAGUUUGAUGAGCAGAAGCUGGUGACUGGUUCCUUUGACAACACCAUUGCCUGUUGGGAGUGGAGCACGGGGGCCAAGAUCCAGCAGUUCCGUGGGCACACGGGUGCAGUGUUUAGCGUGGACUACAAUGAUGAUCUGGACACACUGGUGAGUGGCUCGGCCGACUUCUCUGUGAAGGUGUGGGCGCUGUCGGCAGGCGCCUGCCUCAACACCCUGACGGGACACACUGAGUGGGUCACCAAGGUGAUUCUCCAGAAGAGUGAAGUAGAGUCCAUGGUCCACUGUCCUGGCGACUACAUCUUGUUGAGUGCUGAUAAAUUUGAAAUAAAGGUUUGGCCUAUAGGCAGGGAAAUCAACUGCAAGUGCUUGAAGACUCUGUCCGUGUCAGAGGACCGCGGUGUGUGUCUGCAGCCUCGCCUGCAGUUUGAUGGCCGCUACAUUGUCUGUAGCUCGGAUCUGGGGGUCUACCAGUGGGACUUUGCCAGCUUCGAUAUCCUCAGGGUCAUCAAAACACAGGACCCUGCCAACCUCUCCCUGCUCAGCUUUGGUGAGGUAUUCUCGCUCCUCUUUGACACCGACUUCCUGUAUGUCAUGGAUCUGAGGACAGAAAAAAUAACUGGCCGCUGGCCCCUGCCCGCCUACAGGAAGUCCAAACGAGGCUCCAGCUUCCUGCCGGGAGUCACCUCCUGGCUCAAUGGGCUGGAUGGGAGAAAUGACUCUGGCCUCGUGUUCGCCACCAGCAUGCCCGAUCAUAGCAUUCACUUGGUUCUGUGGAAGGAAAACACCACUAGAGGUGAAACCUACGAUGGCUAGGUUGUCAACUGCCAUGUAAACAGGGUGCUCUGACUUGAAACCCAUAGCCAAGUUAGAUAAUGCAUGGACCAAAGUGUUAAUGUUUUUUCUACCUUUUCUUUCUCGACACAUGCUCUCAUAAUCAAACAUCAUGCAACGUGCUUUCAGAAAGACUAUUGGAGAUGGUUUCACCAACUGAAACGCUGCUAUGAAUACAAGGGGAUGAAAGGCCCAGUUCAGAGGGCAAAGGCAGCGGUUGGUGUUAGUUCCAACCUUGCCAUGGAUUCUCUCUUGAAGGAAAUACGACGACGGGGAGGGUGGCUGAAUGAAGACGGAACUCUCGAGAAACUGAGUGGUCAUGUCAGGCUCCACAGCUGUAGAUAUUUCCCCUGUAUUACUAUGUAUUGGGACCUUUACACUUCGGACAGGGUUCUUCAAGCAGCUCAGAGACGGGGAGUUGCCUUAACACAGUACUACUUUACAAUGAAAUACAUUAUGACUGUGUCCUAGGUUUUUCAUAGACUGACUGACCAUCCCCAUGAGAGUUCCAUGUUGACAUUUUCAAAGUGGUUUAGUGCAUUGGAUUUGUACAAUGUGAAGCGUUUGUUGGAUAUUCAGUGUAACUCCAUUGUUGGAUAAUGCUUUUCUUAGUGGUGCUUGUUUUAAAAGUCAACUUGAGAAAUUUAGUCGUGCCUUUUUCGUUUGAUUUAAAUAUCCAUCUGUCUGAUUAAGAAUUCCAUUUCCCAGGCACACUGCAAUAACAUGACUGUGCUGUACAUUUUCUUUCAUACUAUAACAAACUGCAUAUAAUGCAUUUCUAAUACCACUAUUUACCCUACAUGAUUCACUUGAAUAUAUUUUGUGAAUUGCAGUAUUGAAGUAUAGACCAAGUUCAGUUCUAGGUUAUUUUUCUUAAAGGCUUUGAGGUUAGAAGUUUUCACAGUGUAGUGAUUUGAAAGUGGACAAUUCCACUUUGUUACAGCCUGAAUUUUAAAUGGAUUCAAUUGAUAUUUUGUCACCGGCCUACAUAAUUUCACAUUUACACCACAAAGACCAGGGACCUAUUGGUAGAAGGGUUUUUAAAAAAAACAUUGCAUUUCCUUAAGAGCAUGGUGUAGUUAUGACACUUUAGAUGGUGUAUCAAUGCACCCAGUUACUACAGAGACAGGCAUCCUUCCCGACUCACGUUGCUGGAGAGGAAGGAAACCGCUCAGGGAUUUCACCAUGAGGCCAAUGGUGACUUUUAAAACAAUUACACAGUUGAUUGGCUGUGAUAGAACACUGAGGAUGGAUCACCAACAAUGUAGUUACUACACCAUACUAACCUAAUUAACAGAAGGGGAAAUAAGGAAGCAUGUACAGAAUAAAAUACUCUAAAACAACAUGUUUGCAACAAGGCACUAAAUAAAUUCUGCAAAAUAA